AGAAAUGUUAUGUGGACACUAUGGGCAGCCAAAGUUGACUAAGUAACCAACCAUCCAGGACUCGAUCAAAGCCAAGCUUCUCAGUUUUCAAAGGAAAAUAGCCAUCAUCAGCCUCAGGAAAAUAAGCAUCAUCUCUCUCUCUCUCGGCCCCGGUGAGCACAGCACAAAUCACAAUGGCAGGAGCAGCAGUUGUAUCUUCGUUCCUGCAGAUUCUGUUUGAGAAAUUGGCUGUUGCUGCCUUGGACGAAUACCGAUCCCUCCGGAAUGUUAAGAAAGAGUUUCAAUGCCUGUUCAGCACGCUGUCAUCCAUACAAGACCUACUUGAAGAUGCAGAGGAAAAGCAGUUGAAGGAUAAACCAGUCAGACGUUGGCUCGUGAAGCUCAAGGAUGUAGCUGUUGACAUUGAUGACUUACUGGACAAACACACAGCUGCAGUUCAACGUUCAAAAUUGAUGGUCCAAAAGACAAAGGUACGCAGGCAUCUCUCUUACCAUUUCUUCAACAGAGUUUUUCUUGAUUAUAAAUUGGCACACAAUAUCAAAGACAUCAAUGAGAGAUUAGACAAGAUAUCUAGAGAACGAGAUGUCCUUGGCCUGCAAGUGCUGAACAACGGCACAAGCAGGCUUGAAAUUGAAGAGAAACCUCAGACAAGCUCACUGGUUGAUGGUUCUCGUGUUUUUGGAAGAGAACAAGAUAAAGAGAAUAUAGUGAAAUUGUUGUUAGCCACCGGUGACGGAUUCAGCAAUCCUUUUAAUGUUGCAAUCCUCCCUAUUGUUGGUAUGGGGGGACUUGGGAAGACCACUCUCACACAGCUUGUCUACAAUGACCAUAGAGUCAAGGAACACUUCCAGCUGAGGAUGUGGUUGUGCGUCUCUGAGAAUUUUGAUGAAAGGAAGCUGACCAGAGAGACAUUAGAGUACACUCAGAGUGACUACACAAACACCAACACCAACACAACAAACCUGAACUUGUUGCAAGAGGAUCUGUUUCAUAAGCUGAAAGGGAAGAGGUUUCUACUUGUUUUGGACGACGUUUGGAAUGAGAACCGGGAGAAAUGGAGCAGGUACUAUGUCGCUUUAGCUGCAGGAGACAGAGGGAGCAAAAUUCUGGUGACGACUCGUAAUGAAAAUGUCGGACUGAUCAUGGGUGGUUUAAGGCCCUACUAUUUGAAGCAAUUAUCAGACGAAAACUGCUGGUCAUUGUUCAGGAGUUGUGCAUUCGUGAAUGGCAACUCGAGUGGGCAUCCAAAGUUGGAGGAAAUUGGGAAGGAGAUAGUCAAGAAGCUCAAGGGAUUACCCCUGGCAGCAAAGACACUGGGAAGCCUCUUAUAUUCCAAACUUGAUGAAGAUGACUGGAAGAACAUCUUGAGAAGUGAAAUUUGGGAACUGCCAACAGACCAGAACAACAUAAUGCCAGCUCUUAGAUUGAGUUACAAACAUUUGCCACCCCAUGUCAAGCAAUGUUUUGCAUUCUGUGCUGUGUUUCAUAAAGAUUAUGUGUUUGGAAGGGAUGAUCUGGUGCAGAUGUGGAUGGCUCUCGGUUUCGUUCAGCCUCAAGGAAGGAAAAGGAUGGAGGACGUUGGUUACAGUUAUUUUGAUGAGCUAGUAAGCAGGUCCUUCUUUCAUGCUCACAAAGGCAACUAUGUAAUGCAUGAUGCCAUCCAUGAUCUAGCACAAUCCAUCUCCAUUGAUGAAUGUGUUAGAUUGGGGGAUAAGUUGCAGAGCAAUACGACUGAUAAAGCUCUUCAUUCAUCCUUCUCGUGCAGUCACUCAAUGCAUACUUCAUUUGAGCCAUUCUACAGGUUCAAAAGACUAAGAACACUCCUGCUCUUGCAAGGAUACAAAUCUAGGACUGGCCUGAUUCCAGAUGAUCUAUUCUCAAGGCUGAAAUUUCUGCGAGUUUUGGUCCUAAACCGCCGAGAUAUUGAUAAGGUGCCAAACUCCAUUGACAAUUUACAUCAGUUAAGGUAUUUAGGCCUCUCUGGUACGGGAAUCAAAAUGUUGCCAUCUUCUAUCAGCAGGUUGUACAAUUUACAGACACUGAGACUGAAACAUUGCAAUGAACUGAGCUACCUGCCAAGAGGAAUCACUGGCCUGAUCAAUUUAAGGCAUAUGGAAGCAAACAGUUUACUCAUAUCAGAGAUAGCAGGAAUAGGGAAACUAACCUGCUUGCAGAAUCUUGGGGAAUUCAUAGUUCGCCAGAGGAUGGGAUUCCACAUAACUGAGCUGAAGGACAUGACACAGCUUCGGGGGCAUCUUUGCAUCUCUGAUCUUCAGAAUGUGAUCAGUGGAGAAGAGGCGCGCAAAGCCAAGUUGCACACCAAAGAAUUACUAACGUCACUAGAGCUUGUUUGGUCCGCUGGAAACCGUGUUGCUAGUUCAGAAGAAUGUAUCCCAGAAGAGGUGCUCAGAUGUCUGGAACCACAGAGAGAGAUCAGAGAACUCUCAGUCAAGGGCUAUUCAGGAUUUCACUUUCCAGAUUGGCUAGGCAGUUCAUCACUCUCCAGUCUACACACCAUCCACCUAUCCAAUUGCAAGAACUGCAAGUUCCUCCCACCUCUCGGACAGCUUCCAUUCCUCAGAUAUCUUGAUAUUGGUGGAAUGGAUAGUGUCACACACAUUGGGAAAGAGUUCUUGGGUGUCAAAGGAUUUCCAUCAUUGAUCGAAUUAGUGAUUGAAGACAUGCCUUGUUUGGAGGAAUGGGCGAUUGCACAAGGUGGAGUGUUCCCUUGCAUCACUGAAAUCCAGGUGAGAGACUGUCCGGAGCUGAGAGAGCUGCCACAACUUCCUCCAACACUGACAAAGCUAACAGUAUCAGAAGCAGGAGUGAGCUGCCUUCCACAACUCAAGUCACCAACCUCAUCAUCAUUAGCAACAGCAGCACUCUCAUCCAUGUUCAUACAUGAUUGUCCCAAUCUGACAUCACUAAGAAAUGGAUUGCUGAGCCAGGAGCUGAGUUCUCUAACGGAAUUGACUAUUGCCAACUGUGAAGAGCUGGUAUCACUGCCGAUGUACUUGUUCAAACCACUUGUUUCAUUAAAAAACCUCCACAUAUACAAUUGUCCAAAGCUCACCUGCAGUUAUCAGGAGGCCACAGGCCUGCUUCCAGCAUCACUGGAAGACCUCAGAAUUAGCUCAUGUAGUGUGGAGCUCAUCAACCCAAUGCUCAAAUGUUUAGGAAGCCUGACAACAUUAAGGCAUUUGAAGAUUUCUGACUGCUCUGAGCUCAACUAUUUUCCAGAGGAAACCAGGUUGCCUGACAUGCUCAAGCUCUUGGUGUUAAGCAACUGUGCUAAUCUCUUGUGCUUGCCACCAUUGCUGCAUGUCUCAGCCCUUGAGACCUUGGUUAUUUGGCAUUGCCCGUUGGUGAUGUUACCUGUAGAUGGACUGCCUGCAGAACUGCAGGAGCUGCAUAUUAACGGCUGCCCAGUUUUGAAGAACCUGUUGGAACAGGAUGAUGGCAGGGAAUGGGCUAAGAUCGCUCGAGCACCCAAGACAAAGAUCGAUUGUAGAUGAUGUGCCGUAUAUCAGAAUCACUCUUUUUU